AUGCAGUUGAACGAAGAGAUUGGCCUGUCUCUAGUCCCACAAAUCAGCACACUUCUCGCUGAGCCGCUCUCGGCCGAUAACUCCAGUACCUGGAAUAUCGCAACGAAGUGUGUCAAUGAGCUCAUCGCACACGUGUGCAAACCAGCCAAGAAUGCCAGCAAUGGCGAGGGUGAUAGCGUUGAUCGCAAUGACACAGAGGAUAUGGAUAUGAACGUUGAUGUGAGUAUCAAUUCGGCGCGCAGGCACGAGAUGGCGCAGAUGUUUGCAUCGCAACUGAAGGAGAUGCUGGGGUUCAAAUGCGCUCGAGUGUGGAACCUGGUCUUGGAUGUGAUCGGCUGCACUUACGAGUCCAUGGGCAAGAGUGCGACGCCUGUUAUGGACGGAGUGUUCAGCGCUGCAGUACAGCUAUACGCCACCCCCGAGUUCCACGCCCGCCAAUCCAUGAUGGCGAUGGUAGGUAAAGCCUGCAAGGCCAUUGGACCAGAGGCGCUGUUUACUGUGCGCCCAUUGAAUAUCGAUGCGAGUGUGGCCACGGACGAGUUCCCGUGGGCUUGGCUGCUGGUUGCUAUCAAUGGCAAUGUAGAGCGUACUGAAUUGGCGUACUUUGCCACAACAAUGCUCCCGCUGGCAACGGACAUGGGCGUGAUGGCCGAGCAACUGAAGGAGAAGUCGGGACACGCGGAGCAGGCAGCUACCUACCACAAGAUCCACCGGCAGAUAUGGAGUCUGUUCACAGGGUUCUGCACACGUCCAACGGAUGUGUGUUCAUCGUUCCCGUUGAUGGCGCGUACGCUGGGAGAGGUGAUCAGACAGAGGCCCGAUCUCCGAGUACUUGUGUGUGACGGUCUACGUACAAUUAUCGAGACCACGUGCAUGUCAAAAAAGAGCCUGAGAGUGGGUGUUGUAGGACUAGUAGAAGGAGAAGCUGAUCCACAUGCGACCGACAGAGCUGCCGUGGCCAAGUUUGCGAAGAACUUCUUGCCACUGCUGUUCAAUGCAUACGCCGAAAGCGCUUCCCAGGAGAUGAAGGCAUCCGUUCUCAAGUGUCUGGAGCGAUACGCCGCCAUCGCCGACCCCCAACUCGUCAAUACCUUCUUCGCGAAUGUGAUGAAGAAGUUGCUGCAGAGCAGCGCCGCCACACCCGAUUCUAUGGACACCAACAACGACACCACACGACGCACAGUCGAGCAAACCGCACAGAUGCACACCAUGAUGAACCUCGCAUUCGCGCUGUUGAACUACCUCAACGCGGACUCGCUGGGUCUGUACUACAAAGUACUGUGUCCGCAGUUGCUGGACAGAGACCCUACGCUACAGAAGCUGUCGUAUCAGUCGCUGUGUGCCGUCUGGGACCCCAAUGCACCGAAAACGCCGCACCAGGAGUUUGCCGCCGUACACCGUGCCGAUUUGAGGGAAGCUCUUUCGGGAUCGUAUCUCGCGGUGGCUGGAGCCGCCAAGAAGCAACGUCUGCGCAUAUUGUCGCUGCUUGUAGACCAAGCAUCGCCUGUCAUGCACGGCGCAUCAGAACUCGAAAUCAUUCCUGCGGCUGUGACCGAAGCCAUCUUGUCCACCAAGGAAGUCAAUGAGAAGACCCGUGAACUGGCUUACAGGUUGCUGGUUACCAUGGGAACGGCUAUGAUCCGUGCUGGGGAGGCUCAGGCCACGUUUGUAAACCCUAUGGGCGAGCGAGUGCCGGCCAGUCUGGACGAGCUUAUACUCAUGAUAGUGGCUGGUUUGGGCGGAACUACACCACACAUGAUCAGUGCUUCUGUGAUGUCAUUGGGACGACUAUUUUUCGAGUUCUCGACCCAACUGGCGCCCGCCAAGCGUGACGAGCUACUGCAAACCAUGCUCAUGAUGCUCAAGACCAAGAACCGUGAGAUCGCGAAGUCCAUGCUGGCGUUCUUCAAGAUCUGCAUAGUAUGUGUGUCACCCCAGGUGCUGGGCCAAUACUUACCAACCCUUCUGGAUACACUUAUGGGUUGGCCCGAUGACCAGAAACAGCACUUCAAGAUGAAAAUCCGGUUCUUGCUAGAGAGGCUGAUUAGAAAAUACGGACUGGAUGAGAUUACAAAUAUGAUGCCUGAGAAGGAUAGAAAACUCGUGGCGAAUAUCCGAAAGAGGAAGGAACAGGAUUUGCGCAAACAACGAGAAGAGAAGGAUGCCAGGAGGGAAUACGCUGAAAGCAAGAACCCCUUGGGCGCACCAGUGGGUGCCGCUAAGACCAAGGCACAGUCCUUCGAAGACAUCCUGUACGGAGCCGAUAGUGAUGAUAGCGAUGCUGAAGACGAUGGCAACGCAAAGACUGCCAAGAAAGAAGCCGAAGGCGCCACGUGGUUGAAGGGCGACACAGCUGAUGGCGAGAGCGAAGAUGUGCUGGACUUCUUAGAUGCGUCGGCCGUAAACCGAAUGGUAACUACCGACCCCGCACGCAUGGGCAGACGACAGAAGGCACACUGGAGUGAGUACGAUGCCGAUGGCAAGAUGCUCGUGGAGGAUCCCGAGGCUGAGAACGGAGACGAAGAAGAUGGCGACAGUGAUAACGCGAUGGAGAUACAAGACACCAAGAGGAUCAAGGGACAGAAGCGCAACAGAGAUAACACGUUCGACAUGAGUGGUGAUCAAGAUGACGAAGACAAGAAGGAUUGGAACCGAAGUAAGCGAGGCGGUGCCAAGCACAACGCUGGCAAGAACGAUACCGAGGGUCAGCAAUACGGAUCAAAGAAAGCGUCGGGAGAUAUGCGCAGAAAGGGCAACAAAUUCGAGCCUUUCGCAUAUGUGGCACUUGAUAAGAAGAACAUUAACAAACGCCACACAAAUAAGGCUGCCGGCACUUUCAAGGCUGUUAUGAGCAAGAAACACAAACGAAAUUAGAAGUUGUGGUUUUAUCUGAACACGACAAUAAUAAAAUGAUAUUUAGCUA